AUGCCCACAGCAGUGACAAUCUUGGCUGGCAUCACGCUGGUUACCGCCUUGACAUAUCAAUCACGUAUCAAUCUCAUCACAAAUACCGCUCACGUCCAAGCUCAACUGGAUAAGGCAAAGGAGAAUGCUGAUUUGAUCACUAUCAAGCAUAAUCAGCCUUUGGUUAGACUUUCCUUGCAACGCCCAACUAGCUCCGUUGAACAAUUUGUAGAUAAUACUAAAGCGUAUUACAAAGGCCGCCUCGUACCUUCAGUCAAAGAAUCCUGGAAUGCGCAGGUUAUAUGUGUUACUUCAGCAAUUAUUCAGUCCAAUUUGCCAGCUAAAAUCGGCCAAUUUGUAGCUACAAAUGUGUUUGGUUGCAAAGAUUAA